CUAAGUUCACAGGUCAUAAUCAUUUAUCAUCUCGACACUUCUGUUUGCACUGAUCACUCUCCUGAAUGACAGUUGUCUUUGUGUGCAUUGAUAAUAAUUAUAACUUCUUAAUGUGCAUAAAAGGAAAAGUAAUUCUGUCAAAAAGAUACGUUUUAGCAUGAAAUACAUGUUUGUUUUUACUUAUUUGCCGCCAUUGUGACAAAUGAUGACGUCACUCAUUAGUAUUCCUCAACAUGUGGAGCUGAAUAAUACGACCCUGUCAUUAUUGGAAUAGUUACCUAGAUGACCCUUUGUAUUAUGUUUACAUUUUCCAACCGGAACGGUUGGUUUGGGGUGCUGAGUCUCGGAGCAAUAUGAAGAGUGCUAUACUGUAGAGUUGGUAUCGCCCCUUUGAUGGAGUGGGACUAUGUGAAUAAUAGCACUAGAUGUAGACAUUGGAUUUGCAGUGAAGAUGUGAAAUCAAAUGUUGUGUCAUAAAAUACAGAAUAUUUCAGUGUUGUAAGAUGUGAAAGAAUGACUUAAAAGUAGAAAGAAACUUCAUAAAAAUAAUGAAAUCAAAUAAUUUGUUUAGAGAUCAGGUGAACUCUGUGACUAAUUUAUUUGAGAAAUGGAGUGAAUGUGAACAGACAGUGGCUCUGUGUACACUGUUUAAACAGAUAUCUCCUACCCAAUGCCGCUUCCUGGCGCAAGUGUUGGACCAGACAGAUUGCACAGAUAUCGGCCAGACGGAGAGUGAGGCCAACGACCCAGUGUACAUUCACAAAUUGGCCAACAAUGAUUCCAAAGAGUAUGCUAUUGCAAAGCUCCUAGCACAUCUUCCACUACUACGGACUGGGAAGAAUCAGGCCAAGGUUGAGUAUCUAGCUCUCAUCUCAUCCAUAUUGGGUUACACAAUUCAAAAUGGUACUCACAUUGAAGAAAGUCGGCAAAUUAUUUCAUAUUCAUUGAUGCACCCUGCAAUUACAAGUGAUGAACGUUCAGAAUUCACCCUAUGGAUUGGGAAGCUGGAGGAACAGUUCACAUAUAGUAUCCAUCCUCAACAAAAGAAACCUGUGAAAGAUGAGGAAAGUAUUAAUCAAUCUCUUGAGAACUUGAACAUUAGUAACAAUGCCACACACAAACCAGUGGGGAGUGGGAGAACAAAUGGCUGGCAUGUGCACCCACCACCGGGAGAACCCCUCGUCAUCAACACUAUGGACCCAAUGUCUGUCCCACCCAACGGUCUCCUCAUCACUCAGCAAAAUCUCAUCAAUCAGCGACGACAACAACAAGUACCCCCACCUCCACCACCUCCACCACCAAACAGUAGUCAAAUAAGCUACAAUCACACUGCCAUCAGGUCACACCAUCCUCCUCUCCAGCCGACCAAGUCAGCUCCACCCAACUUCCUGUCAUCAGUGCCUUCUUCUCAGUCGUCAUCAUUGAGCUCUGGCUCUGGUUCAAGAGGUCAUCAGCCCUUAGUGAGAACCUCGUCAGUGUCGGUGCCUCCUUGCUCUAUCCCAGUGCCAAACCACAUCAAUGAUUGGCUACAGUCCAGUGAGGACCAGUCUUCACACUCUUCAUCCAGUAGGGGGCGCUCACACUCCAUGACAUCAGACCACGCCCCUCUCUCCCCCCAGAGCAGCAUCACAUCCUCCAGCAGUAGUAGUGGAGACACCCACCACGAGGAUGGUCCACAGCCAGUCAAAAACAGCUUCCUGGAGGAGGGGAGUGGAAUGAGGGAUGUGCCGUUAUGGUUAAAAACACUGCGCCUUCAUAAAUAUGCCUAUAUCUUCCAACAAUUAACCUAUGAAGAAAUGAUGAACCUGACUGAGGAGUGGUUGGAAUCUCAGGUACAAUGGAAUGUAACAAAAGGUGCUAGAACAAAAAUUGUGCUCAGUCUGAACAAGCUUCGUGAAAGACAGUCCUUACUUCGCUCACUUGAAAAGGAGAUGAUGGAUGGAGGGUCAGUGAAGGCUGCUCUCACAGAGAUGAAGGUGAUAAUCAAUACCCCAAUGAAGGCAUUUUCCCAGGAAGGACUCCCGUCGUCCUCUAGUUCAGAAGGGGGAGACUACUCUUAUAUCGCUGAAGGCGACUUGGUUGCUCAAUUUACAAGAGUCAUGGGCAAAGUUUGCACACAGUUGCUGACGGCCAGCCGUCCAGAUGAUGAAUGCUUUAACCUCUACCUCAGCCUCAUCGACAAGUGUAUAAAUCAUGAGGCCUUUACAUAUAGACAGAAAAAGUUAUUGUCCACUUGGAAGCAAGAAAUGCAGAGAAUAUAUCAACCACCACUCAAAUAUAGUAUGGAUAGGAAACCAAAACCAGGAUGGGGCAAUACGUUUCCUCUUGGAGCCUCAUUGCGUGGGGGUCUUGCGCAGAAGGUUCCACGUCAGCCUCGUACAACAACACAAUGGAGUUUUGGAGCCAAGAGGUCUAUAGUGGGGGGCACGACUAGUGGUCACAUUCCACUGACUCGCAACACUUCUCUCAAUCCAGCACUCUUCUCCAGACCACAAUUCAGUGAGGGCAAGCAGCAGGUGACAAGAACCCACUCUGCUCCUCUUAGGUCUCCAAAUCUUGGUUUUGCUGUGUCAGAUUGUGAAUCUAAUGCAGACAGUGCUGAGAAUUAUGCUCAACUGGAUUCUUUGUGCAUGAGUGUAACAGAACAUGCCCUUGGAGGGUCAGAUUCUGGAGAUAAAAGUUCAGGAUUUUGAAAAAGGAGGGGUGAUGAGCAGCAGGAAGGCACAUUUACAGACUUGAUUUAGUUCUGUAUGAGUUACAUUUGUGAGUUUAAGUUAAGGAGCAUGUUUUGAUACAUCCAAGUAAGGAUAUAGGGUCAAACCCAUGAAGACAGGAUUGCCAAUGUGUAUGAAUAUUUGCUUGGUCUGCUGUGGUGUGUCGGAGUACAUGUGUUAUUUCUCUGUCAGAUGUGUGGCCAUCUUAACCAACCAUUGUUUUAUUGCCUGUGUUUUGUCAUCUUUACAUUUUUUUCUUCCAUAUUUUUUUAUUUUUUUUUUGUAAUUUACACUCAAUUGAAUCCACACCAAGAUAUUUCCUACCACUACUGAUAUCUGUGUAAGUACCUAGCCUGUAUGAUCUUGUGAUUGUUGCGUGUUCAGUUUUCACUUAUAUUUUAUGUUGUUAUUUGAUUUGUUGAUUUUUUCAUAUCAAGCUUUUUCAUAUUUUUCCAAACUCAGAUGUAAUGUUUAUUUAAUUUUAUAAAACAUAGAAUGUUUUGCUGUUUAAUUUUAGAUUUUAGUUUAAUGUAUAAGAGAAAUAUUAUGGUUACAGCCGGAUCUGAUACCUAUCUUGGUUAUGUCUGUGUAUGAUGUAUAUUAAGUGUUUAUUAUUUAACUAAAUGAGUUACCUGUGAUCAUUGCUUUAUUACUUGUCAGUAACAAAUUCACACAGUGCCUUUUGUCAUAAAAAUUAUGUUAACUGAAAGGUUCUGCCAAAAUCUAUGCAUGCACAAAUCAACCAAGUAGGUGCAGUAUAUCAUGGUUAUGGUAGGCAGCCUUGUACACAUGCAUUCAUUACUAUAGUGUCUAAGACACUCUUUUAACCCGUAUUAUAUUCAUGUGUGUUCAUGUGCAUGAACAUAGAUUUAGUCCAAAUGAGAGGAGGAACAUCAUGCCUUUUCUAAUGUGUUGUGUGUACCAGUGAGUAAAAGAAGUCAGUUUUGUUAAUUUUCUCUUGAAUGAAGGUACCCUGGCCAGUAAUUUUGUAUCCGAUAAUUGUAAUUUUUCAUACGAUAUGCCAUAAUUAUGAGGACAUGACUUUAGAAAUUGUCAAGCCCUUUAUGACUGUUAGACAUGUUUUAUUCAAUAUAUUUCCCGACAAAUUUGAUAUAUUUAGAGUUUGGUCACAGGUCAAUCUGGACAACAUUUUUAAUGAGCAAACACAGCAUUCUGUCUAACCUUUUGUUUUUCUGACCAAAACUUGUGUCUUGUUACUGUCAACUUUGGUUAACCUUGGUUAAAUAUCUUUUCGUUUGAUUUCAUAUCUAUGAUACUGUAUUAAUCUGUAAUGAAGCUAAAACAUCAGACUUUGAUUCAACACAGUUAACAUCAGACUUUGAUUCAACACAGUUUCAGAUAAACCUGAUAGUGGAUGUAUUUGAUGCUGAUCAUCUAGGCUUAGGCCAAAAAUAAUGUGUUUCCGGUUUCCCUACCGACCCUAGCUUUUUGUGCAUACCCUAAAUUUUUUACUGGCAUUUAAUGAUAUUCACAGUUAAAGUCAGAACUCUGAUAUGCACUGUUUAAGUCAGAACUCCUGCUCUAUAUAUAAGCAUUGUAAAAAUAUUUUCAAAAAUUAAAAAAAAUGCCUAUCUAUUAAACGACCCAAUUUUUUUUCAAGCAGAAACAAGAAACAUGUUUGUUUUUGCCUUACCAUAAUGUCAAUCCUCAGUGUUUGUUUCUUAAUUUUGUUCUGGGAACCUUCUUUAUAUUAAAGCCAAUGUCAAGUCAUUGUACAAGGGAUAUCACAUAAUGGUUGGUGCAAGGGAUGUGGCGUCAUGUCAUUUGUGCAAGAGAUGUCAUGGUUUUUCUAAGAAAUGUCAUGUCAUGGUUUGUACAAGGCCCUUGAAGGGAAAUGAUAAUAUUUCAAAUAGAGGGACUGUAUAGUGAUGUUGUGGUAUGGUUUGUACAAGAGAAACUGUUUGUACAAGGAGUACUUUGUCAUUGUACAAGGGAAUAUCAUUUGUACAAAGGAUGACACGUCAAGGUUUGUACAAGAUAUCUGUCAGUUUGCACAAGGGAUGUCAUGCCAUUGUACAAAAGAUGUCUGUCUAUUUUGUGACUUAUUUAAGGAAUUUCUUGUGUCGUUUCUUAAAUAUAUAAGCGAUGGGAUUUGUUAAAAAUGUGGCUUGUAUGUGUGAAAGCUAAGUGUGUGUGGUGUGACUGUUGUCACUGUCAUGUAAGUUGUGUCACGUAUGUUGUGUAAUUCGAGGCAUGUUUUGGACGUGUUAUAUCAUUAUAGGAUCAAGAACAGUCGGUAGCACAGGCAUUGAUCCAGGUACCUGAUGUCAUGUUGAAUGUUUUAAGGAACAUAUGCAUGAUUCUUUGGUCAUCUUUAAUUUGUCUUGUGCCAUGGUCAAUACAAGUGCCGUUGUUGUCAUGUUAAAGUGUUUCAUGUGUUUUGGUAUCUCUGCCGGUACAGAGACCAAACAACCAUUAGCCUAAAUGUACAAUAUCACUUAUUUUAUAGAGGUACAUAGAGGCUAUCUUUGGUUGUAACUAUUGCACUCAGAGUAAUAUUAUAUCACAUAUAUAGAUUUUAGGAGAACAAGUUGUUACACAAGAUGUACAUUUCAUUAAGAGAUAUUCUAUAACACCAGUGGUAAUGUUGUAGGAACUAUUUACAUCAAAGUUAUGAUGGCUUAUGUUAAGUUUGUAUUUUCCUUGCUGUAGUAAUGCAGUGCUUGUAAUUUUCCUUGCUGUAGUAAUGCAGUGCUUGUAAUUUUCCUUCCUGUACCAAUGCAGUGUCUAAUUACUAUCGUGGAGAAAUCUGCUACCAGUGACAAAUUCUAGACAAUUUUUUGGUUUGUUUGUACAUUUUGUAAUAAAAUGCACAUAUAACUUCAAAAAACCCAUUCAACUACUAUCAGCAACUGAGUGUAUAUCUGCUGUUAAUUGUAUUUAAUAUUGAAGCUGAUUCCGUCUUGAGUUUUGAAUACUGUUAUAAACUGUUGUAAAUUAAACCUUACCAUCUGUUAUGGAUUCGAGUGGGGAAGGCAUGUCUAUUUGAUGUCUAGUGCUGUUGUGUUACUAGUAAAUUUGAUUUAAAUUUCGUUUUCCUAUAAUGAUAAUAUUUCGUUUUCCUAUGAUGAUAAUAUAUCGUUUUCCUAUGAUGAUAAUAUUUCAAACAAAUUGUUUAUUGACUUUUCAUGCAGUGCUGAUGGGCCUUGUUAACAAGUGUUUAAUAUUGAGAGCAUGCUUCCUGUAUAUUUACUUCCUCGCACACUGUAGCCUUCAUGUCCAGCUUUCAGCUUUCCAUACUUCCUUAGAACUACCAGUUGUGGAAAGAACUCAUUUUAAGUAGAAAAGCAAAGUUGCAAAGCUAAAACAUAUUUAUCAUACGUAAAUUUAUAGAGCAUGGUUUUCUAUAAAUUACAGUUUAAAUGAUAUGUUGAUACAUAAAAUAUUUUAUGUAAAGCUAUUUUUUCUAUUAUUGUGACCAUUCAGUGACAAAAUUAGAAUGUAGUGAUUUUCAUUUUGAUAGACUUCAAUUGUAUACAUCCAUGAUGUAUUGAUCUAUUUAAUACUAAUUUUAGUAAAAAAAAUGAUAUUUUAGAAAUUGUGUAAGCAAAGUAUUGGCUAUCAUUACCAGUUUCUAGCAUGUGACAAAAACUGUGAAAGGCUUCUUAUGUUAUAUAUCUGUCAUGAAAAGUGUCAUUGUAAGACUGAAGUCAGAAGGCUUUUUAGGGUCUACAAACUUUGUUAAAUAUUUAUGAAUUAGAUUACACUGUUGAACUGGCGAGCUGCAGGCCUAAACUAUUUGUAUUUAAUUUUAAUAAGUAUUUCUAAAUACGUACUAUUUAUAACUUUUACUUUGUAUUACAAUGAGUCAUCUUUUGAAAAGUUCUCAAAGACAUGAUUAAUCAAUUACGGAAGAAACUGAUUGUAUCAAUUUUAUAUCUUAUAUUUGUCAGCAGGAGUACAUUAUGAAUUAUUGCCUUUUAAUAAAAGUUUGUUUGCUUUUAUAACAUCUUUUCUCGACAUUGAAAGCUAUAUAGUGACAUCAAAGCAAAGACUUUUUAACUUAACCCAAUUUUAUGUAUACCCGUAUAAAAAUACACAUUUCAUGAAUCCCUGUGUGGACAAACCUGUUGUUGGACGGUUGGACUGGAUUGACAGUUGAACUGUAAUAUAACACAUUUUGUACAAAUUGUUCCUUGUUGUGUUGAAGUUGAAAGUUUAUAACCAAGUUCUGGAAGAAACUGAAGUGUUAAUAUUUUGUUACAUUGUUUUGUAUUUUAGAGAAUUUAAUAAUGAAAUUCCAAUGUAAACUUCUUUAGUGUUACAGUAUGUGUGUGUACAGUCAAAGGGGUUUUUAAAGACUUGAUUUGCUACCAGUGUAUACAAUGGCAGGAUUGUACAACAGUGCCAAUAUAAUGUAAUGUCACAUUAGUUUACUGUAGUGCCGGUUUCGUCAUAUAAUGCCAAUGUUACCACAGGGUUGAGACAGGAAUUAGAACUUUUUAAAAGAUUACGAAUUAUUUUUUUGGAAAACACAGAAAUAUUUCAAGAAAUAUUAAAGUCAUGUACUUUUUCUCCAUCAAAUUUACAGGAAAAAGUUAAACUUAGAAAUAGAAAAAUGCUGAUGUAAAAUACAUGAUAUAUAGGGCAGGUCAUAUAGAAUUUGUUUAGGUACAUUCUAUUUGAAGAACUUUUCAAGCCUUUACGGAACCUGUAAUACAUUACCAGCAUUGUAGACAAACAUUAAAAAUACAGUUGUACUGGAAGUGGAGGAAAUCUUGAUCUAUUAAAGCUUGUAUGUUACUGUUAUUUUAUUUGCCCAAACAUAAUCAUUUAAAGAAAAGUUAAAAUACGGGUGGUGACUUAUUUUCUUUUUGGCAAAUAGGCAAAUAUUUCACAUAUUUAUAUCAUAUUGUACUGGGUACAUGAAGUUCAAUAUACAUUUGUCAGUUUAGGGAUUUUGAUGGUUGCCUUAGUGAACAUCUGUCUUUAAUUCUAAAAUUAAAUGACAUGAAGUUCAAGUAAGGGAGGGUCGAAAUAGGAAAUUAACUAAAUCAUGUUUGAAAAAUAGUAUUGAAAACAUCCUUCCCCUUUAAGAUGAAGAAAAAGUCUUGUUGCCAAAAUGAUCUAGAGAAUUGAACACACUUCACCUGUUGAUAUUAAUUAAAUUGUUUGGUAAUGAAGAAUCUUGAUCAUGUACUUGGUACUACUGAAGUGCUUUAUUCUGUGUAAAUCAAAGAAUUGGUACUGCAAUUUAUCUUUGCUCAAUUACAAACUUUAUAGCUGUUGGAAGGUGUGCUUGAAGCAGACUUCCUAAGUAUUGUAUAUAAAACUAUCAUGAAAUGAAAUCUGUCACCUGCCAAAUAACCAUCCAUGACUGAUUACCUACAAGAAAAUAGGAUUUCCCUGUACACCCACAUUGACAAGAAACCAAUGAUUUGGUUUUAGUUGUAUUUUACAGUUCAUGUGAAGAGUUUAUAAUUAUUAACAGUUGUACACAUUGUUUUUUUACAAAUAAGUUGGUAGUUUAUGUCAGAGGAAUUAUCCUGGAAGGGAAAUAAACGGUCUUGUUCUGAU